UACUGUUAAAAGCGGCUUUAAACCCAACUCACUCACUCACUCAUAAUGAGGUCUUUUUAUCUUAGCAAACAUAACUUGAUGUAGGUUUUAUCUGUUUCCACGUGACACACCUGAGAGAACACAAUAAAUACAGUACACAUACCUUAUCCUGUAUGCCAGAAGUACGUGACUAACACAAGUGGGAAUUAUUUGCUUACUGGAAAUGUGAUAGAGGCCCACUAGGUCAGGCCUGCCUUGAACGUGAAAGCGGCAUGGUUACAGCAAAUACGACACGGUUAGAAUUGUGAAAUACACAGCGUCAGACGCUGGUUUGAUUUUGAAAUGCAAAACCUAUUGCGUAACUCACGCAGAUUACGUUUAUACCUGUGGCUGACUCGUCAGUGUUUGCUAGAAAACAGGCGCUUUCUCCCGGAGAAGUAUAUGUGGUUGGUAGGUGUAGCGUCGGGAAUUGUAUUGACUGGAAGACAACAGUGUUGACGGGGACGAAGAUAACAUAAUUCUGACACGUAUGGAUGACUGAGGAUUCUUAGUAGCAUGAACAUAUGACAGUGUUCAACAGUAGUUCCCUGUAUGAUAACCAGAAACUUCACAAUCAGCGGUGAUCAGUCAUCAAUAUUUACACGUAUAACGAACGGAGAUCAAUAAUCAAUCCUACUCAUAGAACGAGAACUUGAUCAACAAUGCCGCGUCAUGGGCGCAGACAUGGACAUGGACUCAGAAGUCACGGCCAUUUUGGCCACGGCGGCCAUUUUGGUCAUGGCGGCCAUUUUGGUCAUCGCAGCCAUUUUGGCCAUGGCAGCCAUAUUGGCCAUACCAGCCUUUUUAGCAAUGGUAACCGCAUCGGUCGUCAUGGGCGAUCUAACCUUUCUCCGGGAGAGAUGUUGCUUCUAGAUCAACUCAACAACCCACUGAAUUCAACAAACAUGAUGAUGAAUGUGACAACUGCUUACCCGACAGGAAACUACUACGGAAUUCUGGGAACUCCCGGAGGUGCCCGAGUUAUGGUGUCGUCUGCUCCCGGGUCCAACGUCUCUACCCCUCAGUCUGUCGGGUCUUCGGUGGGUGUCUGGCCGCAGACGCCGCAAGGUGGUCAGGUCCUGCGUCAAGUCGGGUUUGAGAGGGUGCAGAACGAGCCGAGCGCCCCCUAUAUCAACCCACCUCCGUCUUAUUCAAGCGCCACUGUGGAUUACCAGGUAGUAUCAACAAAUGGCACCCCCGGGGGACACUUGGAGCCAUUAGGGAUGGAAGAUCAAGGGCAGAGUGACAGUUCUAACGCCAAGGGUCAAGGUUACAUUGACCUCUUCCCCAAACCCGUGUCCACCUCGCGGGACUCCCUGGAAUACAUCCAUGCUGCCCCACAUAUCAGAUACCGCGAUACAUCGUCACGUGAUGGGGACUCCCAGAGCAGAGGCUGUUGCGUCAUAUCCUGAGAGUAUCAUUGACGGACGAUCCUGUGUUUAUCAAGGCAAGGGUGACAUCAUGUCAACAAAUACAAUGUUGCCCUGUGACGUGAAUUAUAUAAGGCUCACUACCCCAUGCCACUCCAUAGAUAUUGACUCCUGUGUUCAAAGGUUUUAGUGCAACGGGUUACCUUGUACGAUUGACGGUAUUGGAGGUAUGCUUGGUCGGGCUUGUGUGCCCAUAGACUCCACUGUGAUGACAUGGGAGGCCUGAUGAACUGUGCUCAGCCUUCGCAGCACUGUCCUUGGCUGCACAAGGGAAACAGAAGCCUAUGUGUUUUUCAAAUGGCGAAUAUGUUAUUUCAGAUGGUAACGUAACUUAAAGCAAUAUAAUAGAACAAUAUGUUAUUUGCACAGAAACAGACAUACAAUUCACACGUAUCUAAUACAGUUUAUAGGACAUUGUUGAAGAGGCACUGGCUACGGUCAUCAGUGUUUAUUUACUUUGACGUAAACAUUUAUUAGUUACAAACAAGUACACAGUUAUGCAUAUACAUAUUCGAACACAUAUCUAAGGUACUUCUUUGUCUGUACAGAAUCAAACACAUACACAAGAUAGACAAUAUGCCCCGUUAAUAUUUGAAAUACAAAACAGGGGGACAAUGCCAAGUAUCUAGAUUAUAAGUUCGUCUGCAAAGAAAAUGAUAAUAUAUACAGUACCUGCAGACAUAAAAACAAAUGUAAUUCUGCACUCAAUAUAUACGAGUAUGGCUGUGCAUAAUAAAACACAAGCCGCACACACACACACACAAACAUAAAUGAGUUUAUGUGGUAGUGUAAUUUAUUGUUAAACAAUGAUUGUAACUGUAUUACAUUGUUUCUAUUGAGAUUCUGUGGAAGGUCAUUGCAUUGCAAUUGAACAAUAAUUAUUUAUCAGGAAUGUAGUACUAUUUAAUGUAAGCAGUGGUGGGUAGUUAUUAUAUUUAAAUGCUCGAAUUAUCUGUAAACUUCCGGAAUAGCAUUGAUGGACGUCAAAUAUUAUUCUGGAAUAUUCUGUGAUGUUAAAGCGACACUGGACUGGUCUGACAAAGUGUAGAAAUGUUGGAAGCUGGUAAGACUAAAUACGUUGAACGUCAUCUCACAUUUCAUCUGACAUUACAUCAAGACCGGAUUUUUUGUGAAGAUCACUUUUCACUCUGGUGUUCACCCUAGGCUUUUCUCGGACGCUGGACCACUGUUCUCGCGAGGUGAUUAUUAUUCUUGUCAUUGUCAUUUCACUGCUCUCACAUUUUAUACUGCCGUUGAAUAUUGUACUACCACUCUAUUGUGUACUGCUAUUGUAAUUGAUGUGCAGUUAUUUGUAUUGAUUUGUAAACCUAGUUAAUUUUAGAAUACAAUUGUUGAUUGAA